AUGGCAGCAGAAAACAAACAAAUCAGCAUGGCGGCCAGUGCUAUAGCUCUCCGAGGAGUUCGCAUCUUCCUCACCGCUGGCAGACAUGGUGCUGGACAGCAGAACCAGGCAGCUGCACCGGUUCCAAGGCCUAAGCCGAAAGCGAAGAAAGCGGUGAUCGGAGGCAAGCCGCCGCAGAAGGUGUUUGAUUUGCUCCUCAAGACUACCAGGUUUAAUAAGGCUGAGAUAGAAGCCUUGUACACGAUGUAUCGGCGAUUGGUGAUGAGUGCUCAAGCUGCAGCACCAGCUACUGCCAUUGGACAUUCUCCUAAAAUUGAUGGCAUAGACCAAAGCACGUUCAGAGACGUGAUGCACAAUACCUUCGAUCUGGUAACAGAGGAGAACAUUCUAGAACGAAUGUGGAUUACCUGGGAGCGAGGGGCGGCGGGAGGGGAGGGGUCCUUGAGAUUCGAGGCCUGGGUCAAAGGUCUUAGUGUCCUGUUGAGAGGGAAUACGGAAGAAAGGAUUGGGUAUUGCUUCAAGGUGUACGAUCUGAAUAAUGAUGGGUUUAUUACGAGGGAGGAGAUGUUUUUGUUGUUACGAAACUCCUUACUGAAGCAGCCUGGUGAUGAAGAUCCCGAUGAAGGAGUACGCGAACUGGUGGAGCUAGUCCUCAAGAAGUUGGAUGUUGAUAAGGAUGGAACCGUGUCGCUUGAUGAUUAUAGGCUAGCAGUAGAACAAGAGCCUCUUCUAUUGGAAGCGUUUGGCCAGUGUCUGCCGACCAAGAGGCAUACUACUACCUUCCUCAAGACCUUAACUAAUAAGACAUAA